UAAAGGACCCCGAGGACAUGAACUUCCGGGUUUGUUAGCUUGAUUGUUUCCCGCCAAAGCAGAACAGUGACUACGAAGGGGAUGAAUCUAUGUGUUAUUGUUUACACGUUUUGGUCUACAUCAGUUUUUAAUCAGGAUACUUUAUUCCUACGAUAACAGCAGACUUGUUUAUAGGACCGCAGGCGGCAUUUUUUUUUUUACCCCGAAAGCUGGACAUUACAACUUCCUAACCUGCUACAAAUACAGACGGUGUCACAUUUGAAGCAAGGAUGUCAAAAGAAAUCGAUGAGAAAUUUUUUGUCAAGUUUGUGCUGGAAAAAGGAAAGCAAUUCUCUGAGUUUGCAACAAAGGCAUAUGAGGCAAUUCGGGAGUUGCAGUCUGAAGAAUGUCUCCAGAAAAUGGAUGAAGAUGAAGCACUUCAUUUAAAACAGAAUGAUAAAUCAUUGUAUAUAUUUGAGUCUUUUGGUGGAUCUGCCUUUAACCAUCUUGUAAAGAUAGGAUGCAGAAUUGUUAGCCCACUGGUGGUUCUUUUCUGCCUACAACAUCAGCGCUGUGUUCCUAAAGCAGAGCACCCUGUCUAUAACAUGACAAUGGCAGAUGUCACUAUUUCUUGUACUAGUCUAGAAAAGGAAGCACGGGAUGAAAUCAGUGAGCUAGUACAGUUAAUGGGAGGUCGUGUGUAUCGAGAUCUGAAUGUAUCUGUUACUCAUCUUAUUGCUGGUGAAGUUGGAAGCAAAAAGUACCUUGUUGCGGGUACACUGGGGAAACCAAUUCUGUUGCAGUCUUGGGUAAAAACACUCUGGGAGAAAUCACAGAACUGCCUUUUCAGAUAUACUGACCUCAGCAUGGAUGAGUACCUUUGCCCAGUAUUUCAGGGUUGUUCCAUAUGUGUGACAGGACUGUCCAACAUAGAAAGAAAAGAAGUGCAGAAACUUACCGAGAAGCAUGGCGGUCAAUAUACAGGGCAGCUGAAGAUGAAUGAAUGCACUCAUCUCAUAGUUCAGGAGCCUAAAGGUCAGAAGUAUGAAUGUGCCCUAAAAUGGAAUGUUUACUGCGUGUCCAUCCAUUGGUUUUACAACAGCAUUGACAAGGGUUUUUGCCAGGAUGAGUCAAUAUACAAAGUUGAGCCAUCAGAGAAGAAGCAGAGACCAAAUACAUCAACACCUACAGGAAGUGGAACAAAACAAAAUGGAUCUGUCUUAGGCAUGAGCCACAUUUCCAAUAUCAGUGUGAGUUGUAUUAGUGAGUCUGUUACAGCUAGCCGUCUAGAGAAUGAAGGAGAGCAACUGGACACACUUGACAUUAGUUCUUUUAAUGCUCCUGAUGAUCUUUUGGAUGGUUGCAAAAUCUAUUUAAGUGGAUUUGCUGGCAAAAAACUUGAUAAGCUAAGGAGAUUGAUUAAUGCUGGUGGUAGUGUACGAUUUAAUCAUCUUAAUGAAGAUGUUACCCAUAUUAUCAUGGCAGAGGAGAGUGAAGAAGUAAAGCAGUUUUUAAGUAGAGUGUCCCACAGACCACAUGUAGUAACAGUAAAAUGGUUAAUACAAAGCUUCAAGCAAAUGUGUCUCCUUCCAGAAGAAAAAUUCCUCCUUCCUGAGUACUUGCCUCAUGAAACUUCCACAAUUGAAUCCUCAAAUCGCGAGAUGACUUCUCAGCGUCCUGUGGAAUUAAAAACAUUGGCAGAUGAUAGUAUAAGCAUGCAGACAGCAGGAGAUGAGGACUUGUUGUCUCAGUAUGCAAGUGAUUACCCUAAAGGUCCAACCAAAGAACAGCAUAAUUUUGAAACUGGUUAUAACAAAACAGGGGCCAUCACAAUGAUGCAGUUGGAGUCAACAAGUAACACCACUAUGACUGGAGAGUAUUCCACAAUGGUAGAAGAAAGAGGACUCUUUGGUGGGAAACGUUUUCUUCUGAGAGGCUUCAGUGUGGAAGAUGAAAUUUGUAUGACAGCUCUCGUAAAAGAGAAUGGUGGAAAAAUUGUCGGAAAUCGUAGUAGAGCUGUAGCAGAUUAUGCUGUGGUACCACUGCUGGGCUGUGAAGUAGAUUCAACUGUUGGUGAUGUUGUUACUAAUACGUGGCUGGCCAUGUGUGUGGAACAGCAGCAACUAUUAGAUCUUCGCAGUAAUCCUAUGUUUAUUCCAGUGCAAGUAGUGGAAAAUUGCAUACCACUUAAGGAGUGUGUCUUAUCUGUCAGUCAGUUUGCAGGCAUGGAAAGAGAUUCUUUGGUUUAUCUGUCAGAGCUUCUUGGAGCUAAAGUGCAAGAGUUCUUUGUCCGGAAAGCAAACCAUCGAAAAGGCAUGUUGGCUAGCACCCACCUGGUUUUGAAGGAACCAGAAGGAUCAAAGUAUGAAGCUGCAAAAAAAUGGAACCUUCCAGCUGUGGCGUUAGGCUGGGUUUUAGAAUCUGCCCGUACUGGAAAAAGAGCAAAUGAGAACAAAUUUCUGGUGGAAAAUGUCAUUUCUUCAGAAAAGGAGGAGAGCUAUGUUGGUAGCACACAACCUUUGGAAGAAGUCAAAAUAACCAUGCGAUCUCCUGAAUUACCCAUUUGCCGACCCAACACACUCAAAAGCACUGUAGUGACUCCAUUGGAUAUGAAUCGGUUUCAAAGUAAGGCAUUCCACUCGGUCAUUUCUCGUCCUGCUGGUGGAAAGACUCCAACUGAAAACAGAGUAUUGCAAAAGGAGCCAUCUCUUCAGCUUGACACUCCUUCUAGAUUCUUGUGUAGAGAUCAGCUCUUCAAACCCUCAUUUGAUGUUAAGGAAGCUCUUGCUGCUCUUGAGACACCUAGAGGACUUGGACAGCAGAACAGGAAAAUAGGUACGCCACUGUCCGAGGUGAUUGGUAGAAACUUAAAGGUAGCAUUAGCCAAUAGCACACGCAACAACAUGGCAGCAGUUACUGCAAGUCCACAAUUGGCAACUCCUGAGAUAAAAGAGAAAGAGGAGAAGAAGCCACUAACUGGUGUUGUUAUUUGUGUAAGCAAGAAACUCAGCAAAAAACAAAGUGAACUAAAUGCAACCGCUGCAUCUCUAGGUGCAGAUUACAGGUGGGCCUAUGAUGACACUGUAACACACUUCAUCUACCAGGGCCGCCAGAACGACUCAAGCCGCGAGUACAAAGCUAUCAAAGACAAAGGAGUACAUAUUGUUUCUGAGCACUGGCUUUUAGCAUGCGCUGAGGAGCAAAGGUUAGUACCAGAGUCCCUAUACCCUUACACUUUUAAUCCCAAGAUGAGUCUGACUCUGAGCCAAGUGGAACCCUGCAAGAUUUCAACUAGAAGUCAACACAGUGUUCAGCGUAAAAUGGAUAAUUCAGAACUCGAUGAAGAUAAUGAGGAGUUGCUUGUAAUCCCUUUGGAAGAUGAGGGCAUAAAUAAGAAUAUUGGAAGCAGUGAAGACAUUCAUAAGCAACUUAAUAAGAAAACCAACAAUUUAAAUCUGGACAAAGGAGAUCUUACAGAAGCAUUAGAGAUACGAGAGAAUCUCCAACGACAACUUCAGGAGAUAAUGUCUGCAACAACUUUGCCCAAGGGUCGUCGUUCUUCUCUGGCUUUGACUUCUGUGGAUAAUUCAUCACGAACUCCAGACAGUGUGAGCCGAUCUAGUUUAAAUGGUCGCAGUAGGGUUUUGGAAGCUUUAAGACAAUCUCGUCAGACUGUCUUGGAAAAUACAGAGCCAUCACAGAAUGAGCAGAUUAUUUGGGAUGACCCUACAGCCAGAGAAGAGAGAGCAAGAUUAGCCAACAACCUACAGUGGCCUGGUAGCCCAUCCCAGCAUUCCGAGCCUAUGCCUCUCCUGAAACCGGAAGAUGAUCUCCAUCAGUAUAAAGACUUGCUGACAGAUUCUGAGUUGGCUGAAAUUCAAGUCUCUGAUCAGAAUGAGACAGAAAAUAAAGCUGCAAAGGCUCAAACUGAGGAGCUUGAUGGAUCAAUCUCAAAAGAGCAUGUUCCCCUUACUCCACAGGCUCCCAGUAUUGCAUUUCCUCUAGCAAAUCCUCCUGUUGCUCCACAGCCAAAGGAUCAGACAGAAGAAGAGAAUCAAGAAGAAGAACUUUUUCAGCCAAGGUUUCAACUUUCUUCUCUCAAUCCACAAGAAAGGAUUAGUUACUGUCAUCUAAUUGAAGAACUUGGAGGAAUUGUGUUAGAAAAGCAAUGCUUUGAUCCAAGUUGUACCCACAUUAUUGUGGGUCAACCAAUGAGGAAUGAGAAGUACCUGGCUGCAAUGGCAGCAGGGAAGUGGAUUUUGCAUCGGUCAUACCUGGAGGCCUGUAGAGCAGUAGGACAUUUUAUUGAGGAGAAUGACUAUGAGUGGGGUAGCAGCUGUAUACUUGAUGCCCUCUCUGGAAUCAAUAUUCAGCAGAGGAGACUGGCACUUGCUGCAAUGCGAUGGAGAAAGUGCCUCCAAAGCAAAAACAUUAAUGGAAGUAAUGGAGAGGGAGCCUUUAGUGGCUGGAAGGUUAUUUUAAUUGUUGAUCAAGCCAAAGAAGCAGGAUUCAGGCGACUUCUGCAGUCUGGUGGAGCCAAGGUGUUUCCCACGUACUCACCUUCAUUGUGUAAAGAGGCUACACAUCUUUUUGCUGAUUUUAGUAAGAUGAAGCCAGAUGAUCCCAUGGCUAUUGUGGCUGAAGCUGUUGAACAUAAAGUAAGCUGUCUUAAGCCAGAGUAUAUUGCUGACUUUCUUAUGCAGGAUCCGGUGCCACCUGUAGAAAACUACUUUCUUCCAGAAGCUCAGGAGUUCAUACAGAUUGGAGGAGAGUCCAGCAAAUCCACAACAACUCGCAAACGAAAGGGGUCUGGAGAUAUUUUAAUUAUGAAAAAGUCCAGAAUGAACUGAUUUUUUUUUUAUUUUUAAGAUUUAAUAUGUACACAAUUAUUUACUGGGUAGGAUAUGUAUAAAAUUAAUGUAAAGAUGUAUGUAUAUUUGUAAUAUUUUGUGUAGAAAAUAAACUCUUUCUGUCAUUUG